AAAAAAGAAAACUAAAGACAGACAGUGUCUCACUUUGUAGCUUAAUACAUCUUCUUAAUGAAAAUGAAUGGUAGCAAGCCACCCAUUUCUCUGAAAGAAAAAAAAAAAAAAACUAAAAACUAAAAACUAAAAACUAAAGACAGACAGAUGGAGGGAGGAUCCGUCGAGUCCUCCGGCGCCACUUUGGCCCCUGCGGCGGAGGCGGCGGUGGCGGCGGCUGCGGCUGCGUCGCACUAUUCGCUUCCGCCGAGCCGGUUCCAGAGCGAGGACAUCCUAUUCUGUGUGGACGUGGACGCAGAAUCGCGGAGGGAGAUGAAGCUCUCUGGGCCGAAGGGGCGCCCCAUAACGCGGCUCGACGCCGUGAAGCAGGCGCUCCUCCUGUUCGUACACUCCAAGGUCGCCAUCAACUCCGAUCACCGCUUCGCCCUCUCCGCGCUCUCCCAAUCCGUAUCCUGGGUGAGGAAGGAGUUUACCAAUGACAUUAAUUUGGUAACUGAGGCAGUUAGAUCACUCACAACAGUUGAGUCACCAUCCGGGCUCGCCGAUAUUACCCAGCUUUUCCGAAUAGCUGCCCACGAAGCAAAAAAAUCGCGUGCGCAAGGACGUAUUUUCAGGGUUGUUUUAUUGCCUCAAUUUCACCGGAGUGUGGAGAUUUUUGUUUUGGUUGUUAUAGAGAUACUCAUCUACUGCCGAUCAUCGGUCCGACCCCACCACCAAUGGCCGGUGAGCCAGAAGCUCUUCACCAUGGAUGUUAUAUACCUCCACGACAAGCCUGGCCCCGAGAACUGCCCGCAAAAGGUGUAUGAUGCCCUAGUUGAUGCCCUAGAGCAUGUCAGCGAGAACGAGGGCUACAUCUUCGAGAGCGGCCAGGGCCUGGCUCGCGUCCUAUUCAGGCAAAUUUGCACACUCCUGGCCCACCCAGUCCAGCGGUGCGUGCAAGACGACCUCGACAUACCCAAAUCGCUCACGAGGAAGGUGCCAACCGAUGUUACUGCUGGUGAAGAGAGUGUGCCUGUUUCCACCGUUUAAAAUUCAGAUAACCCUGCUGGAAAUAUUAUGAGCUGUGCUUUGGCCUUCUUGCUGAUCAGAACCAACAAGCAGACCUGUUUUCUGAUAAAUCCGUACGAUAAACUGAGUUGGGUAAAAGUGCAAAUCUCGAAAUCUCCGAGAGAAUUUUAUCUGCAUUUUGGCCACACUGUUUUAUGGAGAAGAAUAUUAGGACUUCGUAUACUUGUUACUUAGCUGAAUGUUUGUUGUAAUACUGUACUACCUUUCAUCUAAAAUGAAUAGUUGGAAGCUCUGUUUCUGAUUAAAUGUUCAAUGUCUUUCAACUA